CACGUUGACACCAACAAUGCACCGCGCUUCUGUGUCUGCAUGUACACUUAUGCGUCGACACAAAAGAGCGUCUCGGAAAUGAGAAGCGAUUCGUUUUGCUUGUGCUUGGCUCCCGCAUGUACGCGAACAGUCAAGCUCGUCGAGCGUGCGUCAUGGGGGAGGAGGGGGGGCGUAUUUUCUGACCACCAUGACUGACUGGUGACAAAAGGAACGAUUUUUUGUUUUGUUUUGGGGGGGUUUUUUUGUUUUUUUUUUGGGUUGGGGGGAGAGGGAAUCAUGCCGAUCCGGAGGGGUCACGUGGCGCCACAUAAUACAUUUCUCGGAGUAAUAAUUCGUAAAUUCGAAGGACAAAAUAAGAAAUUCAUUAUCGCCAACGCUUGUGUGCAAAAUUGCGCCAUCAUCUACUGCAACGAUGGAUUCUGCGAGAUGACCGGUUUCUCCAGGCCGGAUGUCAUGCAGAAGUCAUGCAUGUGCGACUUCCUGCACGGUCAGUCCACAAGCCGCUUCGCUAUCACCCAAGUAGCACAGGCCCUCCUGGGCUCAGAGGAACGCAAGGUGGAGAUCAUGUACCAACGAAAGGAUGGGUCCAAGUUCCUCUGUGCCACACACAUCAUCCCAGUGAAGAAUGAAGAGGGUGCGGUCAUGAUGUUCAUUCUCAACUUUGAUUACAUUCUGGACAAGAGCAGCAGUGACUCUGUGGAGAAGUUAGACCGCGCCUCCCCUUCCAAAGCCGACCAACGGAAAAGGAGAUUCUUCCAUUUCCGUUUGCCAGUUUUACCGCUUCUGGGCAUCAGCAAGCAGUCUCUGCCUCAGGAAGACCCCGACAACGUGAUGGUGGAAUCUCCUUGCCACAGUGAUGACUCACUAACAAUGUGCAACGAGCAAGUGGCAAAUAUCCGGGAGAGCUGGCGUCAUCCAAAGCCCAAUGACACAAAUACCCUUAUCGUUCCAAGCUUUUGUUCCACACCUGUUUCUGGCCCGUUGGAUCACUCGUCGCCCAAAAGUCCUUGGGACAGAGUAUACCCAGAUGAGGCUUCUGUCCAGAUACAUGAUAGGAUACAGGGGGCCAAAAUUAUUGCUGCUACAUCCAUCCCAGGCCUCACUCCAACUGCAUCCAGAGAGAGCGUAUGCAGUAUUCGUAGAGCCUCUUCCCUCUAUGACGUUGAAGGUUUUAGACCUAACUCCAGGAUGGCCUUCAGGGAUCGGCACGCCAGCGAAGACAAUGGCCGCAAUAUCAAAGGGCCUCUCAUUCAGAUCAGAUCAAGUCUGCUCUGCUCCACCUCCGACUCCAACCUCAACAAGUACAGCACAAUCAACAGGAUUCCCCUCAUCACGCUAAACUUCUCCGAGACGAACGUUGAGAAGAGGUGCCCCUCGCCCCCAUCUUCUGACAAAACCGUGAUUGCACCCAAGGUCAAAGACCGCACGCACAAUGUCACGGAUAAGGUUACACAGGUUCUGUCACUGGGUGCCGAUGUGCUGCCUGAGUACAAACUCCAAACUCAGCGCAUGGACAAAUGCACCAUCCUUCACUACAGCCCUUUCAAAGCAGUGUGGGACUGGCUCAUCCUGCUCUUGGUCAUCUACACGGCCAUUUUAACACCUUACUCAGCCGCCUUCCUCCUCAACGAUAUCGAAGAGCAGAGGAGACGGGAGUGCGGCUACUCCUGUUCGCCCCUCAAUGUGGUGGACUUGAUGGUGGACAUCAUGUUCAUCGUAGACAUCCUCAUAAACUUCCGGACCACCUAUGUUAACAGCAACGAGGAGGUGGUUAGCCACCCAGGCAAGAUAGCCAUCCACUACUUUAAAGGCUGGUUCCUCAUCGACAUGGUGGCCGCCAUCCCCUUUGACUUGCUCAUCUUUGGAUCGGGAUCUGAUGAGACCACCACCCUAAUUGGUCUGCUGAAAACGGCCCGCCUCCUGCGUCUGGUACGCGUCGCCCGCAAGCUGGACCGCUACUCCGAGUACGGCGCCGCUGUGCUAAUACUGCUGAUGUGUAUCUUUGCCCUAAUCGCUCAUUGGCUGGCCUGCAUCUGGUAUGCUAUCGGCAAUGUGGAGAAGCCUUAUUUGGAGCACAAAAUUGGCUGGCUAGACAACCUGGGCUUGUCCAUAGGGAAAAAGUAUAACUACAGUGACCCAGAUUCAGGGCCGUCCAUCAAAGACAAGUAUGUCACUGCGCUGUACUUCACCUUCAGCAGUUUGACCAGCGUGGGCUUUGGCAAUGUCUCCCCCAACACCAACUCAGAGAAGAUCUUUUCCAUUUGUGUCAUGCUCAUUGGAUCGCUAAUGUAUGCCAGCAUCUUUGGGAAUGUAUCCGCCAUCAUCCAGAGGUUGUAUUCCAGUACGGCCCGUUACCACCUUCAGAUGCUUCGCGUCAAAGAAUUUAUCCGCUUUCACCAGAUCCCAAACCCACUUAGGCAGCGGCUCGAGGAGUAUUUUCAGCACGCCUGGACGUACACCAAUGGCAUCGACAUGAAUAUGGUCCUGAAGGGUUUCCCAGAAUGCCUCCAGGCAGACAUCUGCCUUCACCUCAACAAGAACCUCCUACACGGCUGUAAAGCCUUCCGCGGCGCCACGAAAGGUUGCCUGCGAGCCCUGGCCAUGAGGUUCAAGACCACACACGCACCCCCUGGGGACACAUUGGUCCAUGGCGGAGACGUGCUCAGCAUGCUAUAUUUUAUCACACGUGGCUCCAUUGAGAUCCUCAAAGAGGAUGUCGUCGUAGCCAUCUUGGGCAAGAGCGAUAUCUUUGGUGAAAUGAUCCACCCAUACGCCAAGCCGGGAAAAUCCUGCGCCGAUGUUCGGGUGCUAAGCUAUUGCGAAUUGCACACCAUCCAGCGGGGGGAGCUUUUGGAGGUGCUGGACAUGUAUCCAGAAUUUGCUGACCAUUUCAUGACAAACCUGGAGCUGACCUUUGACCUCUGUGAUGAGAAUGCCAAGGCACCCUUCCCGCAAGACGACAAUUCCUGCGUGGAGCCUCGAAUGACUGGAAGGAGGAAAAUGUCAUACAUGAGGACGUCUUCCGCUGGCCCUCCACAAAAGGAACGUGUGCCAACAUUCUGCCACUCCACACCGGAACAAAUCACCUGCACCUCCGCCUCCUGUUCCGCAGCCGAGGAAGCAGAUAAGCGCAAGGAGGUAGAGAAGAAGGAGGAGGAAGAGAAAGAGAAGCCGUGGUGUUCCAGUGCACUGGCCUGCGAUGUGUCCUCGGAGCAGCGCUGCUCUGCCGGUGGGCUCACCGCUUCGGGGCAUGGCGCACACUUGCAUGCAAAAGAGCUUCUGGAAGACCAUUGGACACAUGCGGGCCACCUUGUUGAGGGCAAUGAGCCACCUUGGGGUCAGGCGACACCACUUAGAGAGGAUGACACCGAUACUGACCUGACCUAUGUCGAAGUGGAGCAGCGGCUGGACAGGUUGCAACAGCACCUCAACAGGCUGGAGUCCCAGAUGACGGCCGACAUACAAGCCGUCCUCCAGCUCCUCCAAAGGCAAACUUCUGCCUUCCCGCCUGCCUACAGCACCGUCCAGUCCGGCGCACCAGCGACUGACCAUCAGGGUGUCGCCAGAGUCACACACCCAGACGAUGCCCAGACUCAAUCCUACUCCACAUCCACCACUGAGCCCAGAAGAGGUCUGACUGGAAGCAAGCUCCCCACUUCCUGCGCCGGACAAAGACACAUCCAGGUGUGAGCAUAGCUGGACGGUAGCGGUGGGGAAAACGUGUCCUCUGUUGAAUGACGCCAGUGCCAGCAUUGCAGCCCUGCGCUGCCCAAUGUCACCAGCAGCUCAGUACCAGCGGGACUCCACGGCCGCGGCUUCUUUGAAAGUUGCCCUCCGAGGACUUUUUCUUUUAAGUUUGACUCAGGGUCAAAGAAUUUGAAUAUGCAAAGGAACAAAAAAGACCACUUCAAUUCCUUUACAGAAUAUCCUUUACUUGUAACUUGGAAGUCCUUCAUACACUAUAGGUCAGUGUUUCCCAAACUUUAUCGAGCCAAGGCACAUAUUUCCCAUCGGAAAAUAUGUCACAGCACAAUCACUUAGCAAAACGAUUCACAAAAACUGGAUACACAGGUUAAUUAUGUACCUUCUGCCACCUAGAGAAGGGGCAUUCUGUUCUCUCUGUUACUAUUGGGGGUUGCCGAGAUAAAUGAAACUUUUUUUUUUUUUUUUAAUAGAAUAUACGUUUUCGUCCGGAUUACUAACACUGGAUAACGCGGCACACUGGUUAGAAUCACUGCACUAGAUAUGGAACUUAUUUGAAGGUAAUUUGCUUCAAUGUAUUUCAAGUACAACACUGUCAGUGACAUGAGAUGUGCAUGUUUUUUUUUUUUUUUUGAGGUGGGGAGUAUUUUGGGAUUCUGACGCAUGUUAUCAAUUCCCACAGCAGUUAUGUAUGGACUAGCAAAGUCCAAUUUACUUUGCUGUUUGUCGUCAUCACAGUGGACAUGAUGGGAAACUCCUUGCCGGUCAAAUCCGCAGUUCACUUUGUGAGGUUGAUGUGUUUUCCACCACAGCUUCAAGUGGACACAAAGUGGAAACUCAAGGAGGAGUUUCUUGUCAGUCCACACCAAAAGACUUGGAACAGCAAGGUCAAUUCAUUUGUUUUUGUUGAUUUGGGUUUCCCAUCAGAAUAUCACACAAAAGCUCAGAAUUCCAAAUUUUAUUUCAUGGUAGUUGCGCUACAUCAAGAUGUGUUGAACGACUUAGGACAGAGCAGCUUUUGUUUCAAGCCACCCAUUUUCCAAGUGAGCAAAAGUAACAGAUAUUAUUGAAAUAACUUUAACUUGAAGUCACAUUAAAUAUUUGGUGGCACAACACUCUUACUUGCAUUAACUCCAUCAAGCCUGCGCCCUUUUGACUCUGCCAGACGGUUGCUUUCUUCAGUGUGUGUGUGUGUGUGUGUGUGUGUGUGUGUGUGUGUGUGUGUGCGUGCGUAUGUUUUGGGUCACUAUCUUAUGUGAUGAAGCUUCUCAUGAUCAGUUUGGAUGAACGUUUUGGAUAAAUUGCGAGACAAAGUGUGGGUUGUUUUUGUUUUUUUUACUACAUAAUUCAUUUUGCCCCACCAUACGCCAAAACAAAAGACAAAAACAAAAAAAACAGAGCUCUUGCACAUGGCUGCCAACUAAGGUGCCAUCUUGUAGUCGCUUCAAAUAAAAGCUGCCCUGCCCUGAGUUGCUUAAC